GAUCCUGUUAAGAGCGUGAGCAGAAAAGAACGGAGGACUGACCUUUCAGACUCUCGCUACCUGUGAAUGACUUCCUGAGCAGCGCAACAACAAAACCGCCUGUUUCUGUUGGAUUAUAAACUCUGGAUUCCUGUUUCUUUAAAAGGUUGAUCAUGCGCCCUAUUCUUUUGACUGCGGUGGUGCUGCUUCUGGCUGCGCAGGGAGGUGCUGCAGGCAGAACCAAAAGGGAGCUGGCCGGCCCGCUGCACCGUGGCGGCAUCAGGGACCCACUUGGCAGUUACUGCCAGAGGAGAGGAGGUUGCUGCCCCGGCAGAGACGACCAGUGCACCGUGCCCUACCUGGACACCAUCUGCUACUGCGACUUGUUCUGCAACCGAACCGUCUCCGACUGCUGCCCGGACUUUUGGGGUCACUGCCUCGGCGUUCAGCCACCUUUCAUUGGCAUCUGUGAAAGAAAUGGAAACAAGUUUUAUACAGGGCAAACAUACAAAGAAAACUGCAACUUAUGUACAUGCGGUUCCUUGGGACGCUGGGAAUGUGAGCAGAAUGCUUGUCUGAUUGAAUCUGACGUCAUCCAUGCUGUCAAUCGAGGAAACUAUGGAUGGAAAGCUGCUAAUUACAGUCAGUUCUUUGGAAUGAGCCUAGAUGAAGGCAUCCGCUUCAGACUGGGCACACAGAGACCUUCCAGCACUAUAAUGAACAUGAAUGAAAUUCAGAUGAACAUGGAUCCUCAGAAUGAUCGUCUACCGCUCUACUUCAACUCAGUGGAGAAGUGGCCAGGGAAGAUCCACGAACCGCUGGAUCAGGGCAACUGUGCCGCCUCAUGGGCUUUCUCCACAGCAGCUGUGGCGUCAGACCGAAUCUCCAUUCAGUCCAUGGGCCACAUGACUCCACAGCUGUCGCCCCAAAAUCUUAUCUCCUGCGACACACGCAACCAGGGAGGCUGUGCAGGAGGGCGCGUAGACGGAGCCUGGUGGUACCUCCGGCGCCGAGGGGUUGUGACAGAGGACUGUUACCCAUACCAGCCUCCGCAGCACACCCCAGCAGAGGUGGGGCGCUGCAUGAUGCAGAGUCGCUCGGUGGGGCGGGGCAAGAGGCAAGCCACGCAGCGUUGCCCCAACACACAGAACUACCACAACGACAUCUACCAGUCCACGCCGCCCUACAGGCUCUCAUCCAAUGAAAAGGAGAUUAUGAAGGAGAUCAUGGAUAACGGCCCUGUGCAAGCUAUCAUGGAUGUUCACGAGGACUUCUUCGUCUACAAGAGUGGGAUCUACAAACACACUGACGUCAGCUUAAACAAAUCUCCACAGUACCGCAAACAUGGCACACACUCAGUCAGGAUCCUUGGGUGGGGAGAGGACAGAGACUAUAAUGGGACACCAAGAAAAUACUGGAUUGCUGCCAACUCGUGGGGAAAGAACUGGGGAGAGAACGGUUACUUCCGCAUCGCUCGGGGAGACAACGAGUGCGAGAUCGAAACGUUUGUGAUCGGCGCGUGGGGCAGAGUCACCAUGGAGGACAUGCACAAUCAUCACCACCACCAUCGCCGUAGACACAUUUAAAAGACUCAUCUGAUCUUGAAACCCCCACUGUGACCUUUGCUUUUUUUUUUAUCCGCUCCACAGCGGAGAACUUCGUCAUGGCAUAGCAAGCUGUCUGGGAUGGCCAAAAAAAAAAAAAAAUUGCCACAGAGCAAAAACCUUGCUUUAUCAUGGGGGAUCUAUGCAAACACUGUUUAUUAUCAGCUUUCUCUUUAAGUCAAGGUAUAUGGCACCAAAAAAAAAAAAAAAAUCAUCAUUUUGCCUUGCAAUCUCCCACCUCGGGUACCUUCUCCAAAGACCGCACAUCCAGAAUCUUCAUGGUAUCUGGCGGACCAAGUUCACGUCAGAGAUGACAGAUGACGAAGUUCAAUCAGCUCCUUUUAUCACUUUACUCUUCUCUAGCUCUAAAAAAUAUAAUCCAGAGAAAAUGGACACUGCGAGCAGAGCUGGGAAAACGGGAGCUUGAGAGGCACAUUAUCAGAUGUCAGUCCCUCCAAGGAGGACACGCCCUGCUAAACAAUGAGGCCGGAUAAUAUAUCACAGAUGACCCUCUGAUAUUAACCUGUCAGAUUCACAAAAGAGGUUUUAACCUUUCUUUGGGCUCUUACACCUGUAUCAGAGUUCCCACACAGUUUUAAAGAAAAUCAAGACAAGACUUUUAAUAUCAUCUGGUAUUUUAAACUUGUUUCCAUUUUUCUACAUGUUUGUGUUGUGACCAUAUUACAGAAACACCUGAUUGUUUUUGCUCCAAUCUCAACAACAACUAAAAAUAACUAUUAAUUUAUAAAUCAAAGCAACAAUUCUUGAUCCUAUCAUUUCCAAUGAAAAGACUACAGGUUGUAAUAGUCUUAAUUUGCUGUUCUGUGUACACUGUUACAGUCUAUGUCUCAGAUGUUAUUUUUUGUUGUUGCCAUACAUUAAAGUUAUAUUUUAUAGAUGUGUUUUAAGACCAACAGUGUGUAAAGAUCCUCAUAACGUUCAACUUCUUUUUCUUUUCUUUUCUUUUCUUUUCUUUUCUUUUCUUUUCUUUUCUUUUCUUUUCUUUUCUUUUCUUUUCUAGAGAGCUGUUGUGCUUUUAAUACAAUAGCUUGGAUCACAUGGUAAAGCUGCUGCGAACGUUUCCUCUGUGCCACAGUAUUUGUCUUUAUAUAUUUCAGAUGUCAUACGGUGCCAUGAAAGUUUUCACACUCCUUGAGCUUUUUCACAAAUUUCCACGUGAACUUUGGUGUAUUUUGAUAAGAUUUCGUGUGACAGUCCAACACAGACUAGGGCAUAGUUGUGAAGCCUCAAAUUCUCAGUGGCAACUUAGAACUGGACUUUGACUAGUACGUUCUAACAGGGAAAUUAGUUUUGUUCUAAACCAUUGGAUUGUAGCGCUGGCUUCGUGUUUAGGAGAAUUGUUCCGCUGGAAGGGGGAACCUCCACCCUCCUUCAUGGCUUGUGGCAAACAGGACUUGUUAUGGUUUUCUUUCAAUGCCUUUAAGCUUUCCACUCUUCUAAAAAAGCCAGGCUGCAGUAGAAGGAGCCCUUUUCAUUUUUGGAUAAAGGAUGUUGUUUUAUACCAUAAAUGUGCUUACAUCUCCACAACUUUCUCACUGGACUGUUCCUUGGUCUUCAUGAUGCUGUUUGUUCAUGCAUCUCCUCCUUUCUUCACAGACUUCUAUAAACUUCUGAUAACACGCCGGUGGACUCAAUUUAAUUGGAUGACUUCUAAAGGCACUUUAUCUUUAGGGGUAUAAGACUCAGAGGUUCUGAACACAAAUGCAUGCUCAGCUCCUCUGAUUUUUAUUUGUGUUAAACUUUGAAAACCAUAUAAAAUUUCCUUCCAUUUCACAACUAGUUGUGACACGUUGUGUUGAACCAUCACCUAAAAUCGCAACAAAACACAGUGAAGUUUGUCGUCGUAACGCGACAAACUGUGAAAAAGCUCAAGGGGUUCUAAUAUUUCACUGUAGUAUGUAAAAGCACCUCAACAUAAAACAGACUAUAGCCGCACCUGCACUUCUUUUAAAAGAAACAAAAUCUAAAUAUUCUUUUAUCUUUCUUUCUUUCUUUUUUUAUUCAGCUUCGCCUGACAUGAAAAGGAAAAACUCAGUUUGUUAUUAGCCUGUAUCUUACAUCCUGGCUCUGCUUCAAAAGGAAUUUCUUUCUCAUCGUGUCUUGUGAUCUUUAAGGUCUUUCCAUCUUUGCUUCAGGCAUGAAUAGGCAGAAAGAUGCAAAAGCACGGAGAAAUGUCUGGAUGGACAAGCAAUGUGCAAUGCGGCGAAGGAUGGAGGGAUUACUGACGGGACUGUUGCGUGUGUCUUACUGAAGCCGUGUGUUAAUGUUGAAAACAGAAAAGCAGAAACAGAUCAAAAGCUGUUCAAAUAUCUAUGACGAAUCCUCAGUUUUAACUCCGGACAGAUGCCUUUAUGCUCUUUACAACACAUUAAAAAGGUUAUUUAAAAGGAUGCUUUUGCCUGUGUGUAACCUGUCUGCUGCAAGUUAUGACGUAAACUGCUGUGGAAGCAGGAAAAGCCGGAGAAGUGAAGUAGAUGAUUUGACCAAAACUAGAGGAGUCAAGCUGUUCAAGGAAGUUCUCUAAAACAAUCCUAAUCAAUCACCAUUAUUGACCCAAACUUUAAUAGAGGACACCAAGCAUGGAAAAAAUCAAAUCUAAAAUAGAAAAAAAAAAUAGUCUCUUCCACUUUUCUUGUGCUUGUAUAAUUGCAGAUUCUCCUUUUUUCCUCCAAAAGGUAGCUACAGCACAUUACCUGCAGAAUCCUCCCAGUAGCGUCAACGGACGUCCCCAAAAGGCUUUUAGAGUGUAUUUAGAGUCAAAAUGACGUAUAUUGGUCUUGUUUGUAUGUAGGGUUUAUUUAUGACAAGAUGUGUAAAUUCUAUUAUUUUACUUGUGCAAUGUUUUAUCUACCUGUCCUUUGUUCUGUGUGCUCUCUGAGCAAUACCAGAUUAGUGCUCCUUAAUAAAUCUGUUCCAAAACCCAA